AUGCUGCAGAACUUCCAAUGUUCAGGUUCAGACUACACAGAGGUGGAUACCGUCCUUAUCCAUAGGUCACUCUUUGUUCAAAGUGGACUACGUACGUAUGUAGAGGAAAUGUUUGUGAUUACUGUCACGGAUCCCAUCAAAAUUUCCCGAGCGCUGAUACUAAGAUUGCUGAAAUAUUUCAGAUACUUGUAUGUUUACUCGAAUGAGGAGGACAUUGGCAAUACCAGAUUGAGAACGGGUGACUGUGUGAUUGUAAUGAGUAGGGUAUUUAAGAUUGCCAACCAGAAGAUUUCCUUGGAUGUCGAUUUUGAAAACGAGAGGGUGAAUGGUAUUGCUGAGAUUGUCCUGAUUCCACUGAUACAAAACAUCGAAUAUAUCACAUUAGACUGCAAUGGACUAAAUGUUAAGGAUGUGUGGGUAGAGAAUCGAAGAUGCGAUGAUUAUAUCCAUGAGGAGCCCAGCCAUGUCUUUGGUGAGGAAUUUACUGUGGAAAACUCACAUUUAAUGAGAGGAAGAUUUGCUGACUUGGUAGAAACUCCAUCUGAGAGGAUCAAAUCUCAGUUAACUAUUAAGGUCCCCUCCUCCCUUAGGAUCACGUUACAAGAUACCAGCUCAAUUUCCAACUAUACUCCUAUUACGCCGAGUCUUCGUGGUACGCCGAGCGCAUUUCAAGAAGGUCUAGUGUAUACCCCAAUAACGAUUAUGAUUGAAUAUGAAGUGAAUAAUGUCAAUGGCAUUAAGUUCGAUACCUUUGAGGAAGAUCGUAACCUAUGGAACGCAUAUACCACGAACACUGAAUUAUGUGCCUCAGCGCCUUACUGGAUGCCGUGUGUGAAUUCCUUAGAUGAGAAAUCGACCUGGGAACUAGAAUUUAGUGUUCCAAGGACUAUUAAGGACAUAGGACGUUCAGGUAUCUUAGCAAAGAAAGAAGAUGAUGAAACAGAGUUGCAAGCAACCUCUCCUGAUAUUGUUAUUUGCUGUUCAGAAUUUACGACUAUGAAAGAAUCCAUGCACCCGACUGAUUUAUCGAAAAAAAUUAUUAGUUUCCAAAUAUUUAAUCCUGUGGCACCUCAUCAUAUUGGUUGGACCGUAGGAGCUUUUAGUGUGAUAAAUUUACCCAUGGAAAGCCUUAGUAGUGGCGAAUUGGUUCCAGUAAACAUAUACACAUUAAGAGCGCUCGACAGAAAUAAUGAAGAUGAAAAUGAGAUUGAGGAGAUUGUGCUGAAUUCCACAUUAGUGUGCCAUUCUAUAAUGGAUUUUUAUUCUAAAGAAUUUGGUUCUUAUCCCUUUACGUCGUAUUCCAUUGCAUUCUUACCCACAGUUAUCAAAACAAUGGAUUUUGCAGGUGUAACAAUAAUGAAUUCCAGAAACCUGUAUCCAACAAACCAAAUUGAGCCUGUAUUUGAUACAACAGAUGAGCUAGCGUGGGCAAUUGCCAAUCAAUGGUCAGGAGUUAACAUUACACCGUUGGACCUUAACGAUAUUUGGUGUUGCGUUGGUAUGGCUGGUUAUAUGGUAUUAAUGUUUAUAAAGCAUUUUCUUGGUAAUAAUGAACUAAAAUAUAGAUUGAAGAUAAAUUGUGAAGCCAUUGUGGAACGUGACCAUGAUAUGCCCCCCAUCGGUUACUCAUUUGUGAAUGGGUCCUAUCCAAUCUCAACAGUGAGUGGAGAUCUGAAUUUCGUUAAAUUGAAAGCGCCUAUGGUAUUUUAUAUCCUAGAUAGAAGAAUGACGAAGACGGAACGUUCCUUUGGUAUGUCUAGAGUGUUACCCAAGAUUUUCCUGCAAGCAAUGAGUGGUGAUUUACCUAAUAAUACUCUGACUGCAUCACACUUCCAGCAUGUUUGCGAGCGUGUUAAUAAGAGCAGGUUGGGAUCCUUUUUUCAGGAAUGGAUUUACGGGUCUGGUGUACCUGUUUUUAGAGUGACCCAACGAUUCAAUCGUAAGAGAAUGGUUGUAGAGAUGGGUAUAAGACAAGUUGAUGAGGAAGAUCAUGCUAUUUUAGGGAAAGACGGAUUCUUCAAUAGUGCAUUGCGUUACCUUCAGAACGAUACUUUGAAUAAGACCAAUGUGUUUACAGGUUCCAUGACUAUUCGAAUACAUGAAGCCGACGGGACACCAUACGAGCAUAUUGUAGAAAUUAAGGAUGUUUUUACGAAGAUUGAAAUUCAAUAUAAUACUAAGUAUAGAAAGAUGAAGAAAGAUACAGAAGGUCCCAGGUUGGGAAACGUUUCAUUUGAAGGGUUAACAGAUAUCUCUCAAACUUCUGAUGGUAAAGAGUUACAGAUGCAGAAUGAAGGAUUUGAGUGGAUAAGGAUUGAUUCUGAUUUUGAAUGGCUGGGAAAAUUCCAUCUAAACCAACCCGAUUAUAUGUAUGCGGCACAGUUACAACAAGAUGGUGAUGUCGAGGCGCAGGUGGAUGCUUUGAGAUAUUAUGAAGAUGUUGGUGUUGAAUCUGAUGUCUAUUGUUCAAUAUUGACAAGGACGAUCCUGGAUGAAAAAUAUUUCUAUGGUGUUAGAGUGGAGGCAUGUAAAACACUGGCCUGUAGUGUGAAAGGUGCGGGUUAUUUGGUUCGAAUAUUCAAGGCAUUAUUUUGCUUACCAGGAUGUGAUAUCCCGAAAAAUAAUGACUUCACAAAUUUUACCACCUACUUUCUUCAAAAAGGAAUUGUGGAAAGUUUGGGUACUAUUGACGAUGAAAAUAUUCAAAAAUUUCUACUAAGUAUAUUGGAAUACAACAGUAAUGAUGAAAACAAAUAUGAUGACACAGAAUAUUUGAUUUUGUUACUUAACGCAGUAAAGGACAAAAGGGAUAUUGUUGCUCGAUUAGUUAACAUGGAAAAGUGGGUUCCAAGCUACCAUGAUAAAUUAAAUAUUGCUCUACAAAGAUUAGGAGCUCAAGACAUUGCCACUACAACCAGAAAUGGUCAUCAAGAUGCGAUUAUUUUUUCCCAUUAUAAAUUGCUUUGUGACGGUGGAUUAAAGAAUAAAGAUAUAUUAAAGUAUUAUUUUGAAUCUGUUUUAUUUGAACCAGAUCAAUUCAUUCGUUUCUCACUAUUAGAACAAUUGAUUGCAGCAAUCAAUUUGGUUAUUAAUAAGGGCCUAGGGGAACAUUAUAAUGAAGAUAUCCAGUUUAUGGAAGAUGCUCUCUCAGAUAUUGAAGAUGAAAUAACAGAACGUAAGGAACGAAAUAUGAGGUCGACUAUAAUAGGUUUGAUAACUAUCCUAAGAAAUGAGUUCAAGGAUUACCAACCUUUAAAGGAUAUCUUAAGACAAGUGGUAGAGGUUUCUAAUUGUACCACAUAUCAGAAACGUAUUAUGUUUGAUGUGAUGAGAGUGCUCUACUCUUUGACGGAUAAGUUCAUAAUAAAGCUGCCGAUGCCCAGAGACACAAGGUUAGUUGCAAAAAGAAGAGGAAAAUCUGUUGUGAUAAAGAGGCAAGGCUUGAUGAAGCUACAUAUAAAGGCAGAGAGCAAGAUAAAGAUAAAAAAACAAAAGACAGGAACUCUUCCUAUUAGGUUUGCCAAGAUAGCAUUGAGAUUUAAUAAAAGUGUGACUAUUUCAUCUACUCCUUUUAGCAAGAAUGUUAGUAUCAAGAAAGUAGAUGGGAAAUCAUUUAUUGUUGGAAUCAAGAGACGUUAA